AUGAUUUAAGCAAGUAAGUUUGAUAAAUUAUUAAUAUUUAUAUAUUAUAAUUGUGGCCGUUUAAUUCGUAAAGAAGUGCACUUAUUAUCAGCCGCAAAAUUGAGUAUAAUUGUUGGUGGACUAUAUAUGAGAUUGCAAAGACUUUAAUGUCACAUUUUUAGGUAAUUCUAUUUUUCUUAUAAACCUAGUGAAGGCAAUUUUUCGAACUGUUGGAAAAAUGUUUAAAAUAGGCAGUAAAAUGUUAACUGCUAUAAAAUAAGUAGUAGCUUUCGAAUUAUUUUUUGGUUGAUAUGUUCAUGA